AUGUCUGAUGCUAAAUCUGUGAAUGUGUCUCUUGAUUCCCACUUUGUGUUAAGUAAGGAUCAGUCUCGUAAGAGUGAAACUGAAAUAACUGAAAUGAAGAAUGUGACUUAUUCCAAUGUUAUAGGAUCUGUUAUGUAUCUCAUGAUUAGUACUAGGCCUGAUAUAACAUAUGCACUUAGUUACUUGAGUAGAUUUAUGUCUAACCCAUGUAUUAAGAUGGUUAGUUAUGUGGAUUCAAAUUAUGCUAAUGAUAGGGAUAAUAGAAAUUGGAAGUCUCAACUUCAACCCAUUGUUGCUUUAUCUACUGCAAAAUCUGAGUAUGUAGUUGUCACUGAAGCUUUUAAGGAAGCAAUUUAG